CCAAUGUAACCACACAACAAAACAAAUCAAGAAUCUUAAACAAAUCUUAGAUAGCGUAAUCUUUGUUUUUGAUUCAAAACAACGCCAAAACGAUGUCGUUGGUAACAGAAGAAAUCAAAUCCAAAUCCGAAGUAUACCAUGGAGACGAAAUGUGUCAGGUGAAAUCCAAAGAGCUUCUCAAAGAAAUAUCUCUCCCAAAUGGUCUUUUACCAUUGAAAGACAUCACUGAAGUUGGUUACAACAGAGAAACAGGUUUUGUUUGGCUGAAACAGAAGAAAAGCAUAACACACAAAUUUGAAAAGAUUGGGAAACCUGUUUCCUAUGCAACUGAAGUAACUGCUUAUGUUGAAAAUGGUAAGAUCAAGAAAUUGAAUGGUGUUAAAACCAAAGAGCUUUUGAUUUGGGUUACUUUGUGUGAUAUUUAUAUUGAUGAUCCACCAACUGGUAAAAUCACUUUCAAAACACCUUCUGGACUUUUUAGAAGUUUCCCUGUUUCUGCUUUUGAAAUUGAAGAAGAGAAAUCAAGUGGUGUUGCUGUUAAGGAAGUUGCUGCUAACAAGGUCAAUGAAACUGUUGCUGCUGCUGCUGGUGUCAAAGAGGUCUAAGUCUAUUGAUUUAUGAUGAUGAUGAUGUGGUUGCUGCUGCUAUUAAAAUUUCAAUUAAUUAUUAAUAAGUUGAUGGAUUAUGUUACUAUUUUCUAGAUUAUUUAUGUAGGGCAGUUUCAAAUCUUAGCUGUGCUAUUUGAAGUGCAGUAUUAAACAUCCUCUAUUGUUCUUUUUUCCAUUAUUAUAAAUGAAAUGAAAUGAAUUUUAUAGUA